AAUGGUGUCUCCUGUCCCCAGGACGACGCACCACAACAAUCCAAGAAUUCCACAGGGCGUAGUUCCUGGCGGGAAACGCUCCUGUGGGGCGCCUAGGGCCUUUGUCCCGGUUGCAGCCGACUUAACCCGGACUGGAGCUGCGAUGCUGUGAACCCGGUGGUGGGGUCAGGUGUCCUUCGGAGAGGUGACUUGGUCCUCGUGUACAGCAGGAGUUGCGUUUAGUAACCAUCCUCUGCUGUUUCCCUGGUGGGGAAGUUACCUCACCCCCUGAGGCCUGUCCUUUUUUCACCUUCCACCACACCUCAGCCUACCUUUCGAAGGGCAGCAGCCCUCAGGAUACCUGUAGAGUGGCCAGUAUAGAAAACACCACAGGAAGCAGCCAUGCCUCUCGAAGGAGGGAAAACAGACAUGGAGAGGAUUGGCCUCUUCAGUGAGAUGGAAUACAUUACUGUUGGUGAUAAAUAUGUGUCCCAAUUUAAUAGACCCUUCAAUGAGGCUGCAAGCAAGAACAGACAGAUAUUACCUGGGGGAUCCAAAGGAAUGUCCAGUCUCCAGGCAGGUUAUUUUGAUUCCCAAUUUGGAAGGAUUUUUGAAGGUGAAGGUUAUGUAAACCUGAAUCAAGUGAGGAGACAGCAUUUGAUGGAAGAAGCCAAAAAAAAUAUAAGCAAAGCCUUCCUUCCAAGUAGUGGGGAUAAAAAGCCAUGUGGAUUGGGAAGCUACUAUGGAACCAUAGGUGGUCCAAUUCCAUUCUUCAGUGCACAGUCAAAACCCAGAGAAAAAUAUGAGGUACCUGGAAAGAAUUUAUACACAAACCCAGGAAAAAAAGGAACUGGAUAUGGCUAUGCAAAUAUUACCAUAGGUAAACAAUUUUCACAUUCAGCUGAUUUGUAUGAUGCACCCAAAUUAAAUUAUAAGAAAGAGAAUGAAGAACACCAUCGUUUACUCAAAGGAACACCUUUCAAAUUAAAUCUGUAUCCAAGGGAUUAUUUUGACACCAAUCCUUACGCUUUUGAGAAAGCUCUGCCACCAAUUAAAAAAACGGAAAAGAAACAAUUGAUUCCAAACCCUUUUAAACCUUCUUCUCCUGGUAAAAAGGCUGGUGGCAUGAAGGCGGGAACAUUUGACCCUUAUCCAUCACAUUCGGCUGACCCUUACGUGGUGAAAUUGGUAAAAGGAAUUUCUGGCAAGGGUGAGAAGAUUUUCCAUCCACCAAGUGGACCAAAAAGCAGGCCAAUUGAAAGUAUAAUGACUUUGAAUGUCAAAAGGGCACUAAAUUCGAAGAACUACAAGACUGCCUCAGUACAAUCCUAUUAGCAACUGGGAGAAAAGUAACUUUGUUGCCCUGGUCAAGACUAUGUGGUAAAAAUGUAAGCUGUGUGAGAAAGAGCACAAGUAUUUAAAA